GAAACAAAGUUGCUGGGGCAUAGCCGAUCCUCUCCAAACCUCAGCAAUUUUUCCGGUAGAAGGAAAGGCUUACAACUCCCGCCUGUCUAAACGAGCACCGGAUCACACCGUAAGCCUCGCAGAACAAAAACCUGGAUCUGGGAUUCCCAUGAGGUGCCAUUCGCAAUUUGGAAAAAUCCACCUUCCGGGUUUUCCUCGGAGCUGGAGAGCAGAGCGAUUUUCCUUCCUGGUUUACCCAAUGACCUGCUAAGCUGGGGAAAUACGUGUGUACGCGUGCGCACGUUCACGGCAGGCAGCUAUUUAGAUCGCGUAGCAAAGGCUGCGUGCGUAAGAGAAGAAAACCAGAUUCCUGUUCGGCAUGGCUGCCGUGGACAGCUUCUCUCUCUUGCUCCAGGAGAUUGGUCGGUCCUGCAGUUGUUACGUGGAAACGCUGGCCUUAAUUGGAGCCUUCUAUACAGCCAAGACAUGUUUUACGGUCCUGAGCAGCACCUACACCCUGGUGAGGGUGCAUUUCAUCCCCAGGGUGGCCAGCAGGGUUGAUCUAGUGAAGCGGUAUGGGUCGUGGGCUAUUGUCACAGGUUGCACUUCUGGCAUCGGCAAGUCCUACGCCAAAGAGCUAGCGAGUUGUGGGAUGAACAUCAUUUUAAUUAGUCGGAAGAAGGAGAAGGUGGAGACUUUUGCCAAAGAGUUAGUGGAAUCCUACAAGAUCGAAACAGCCACAAUUGUGGCAGAUUUUAGCAAAGGCCGUGAGACUUACUCCGCUAUCAGGAAGGCCCUUGCAGGCAAAGAGAUUGGCAUCCUAGUGAAUAAUGCUGGUGUGUACUAUACUCACCCGGAUAAUUUCACCAGUUUGACCGAAGAUAAAGUUUGGGAACUCAUCAAUGUGAAUAUUGGGGCUGCUAACAUGAUGGUGCACAUGGUGUUGCCAGGAAUGGUGCAGAGAAAGAAAGGCGCCAUUGUAAAUAUGUCGUCUUUGUCCUGCUGCCACCCUUCUCCACUGUUAACAGCUUAUUCGGCCUCCAAGGCUUACCUGGACCACUUCAGCAGAGCCCUUCACCAUGAAUACGCGUCACAAGGCAUCUUUGUCCAGAGCUUGAUUCCGUUCCUCAUCUGCACCAACAUGACAAAAUUCAGCGACUCGCUCUCCAAGAUGAGCUUUUUCGUGCCUUCCGCGGACGAGUUUGCACAUCACGCUGUUACCACCCUGGGAAUAUCCAGAAGAACCACAGGAUAUUGGCGGCAUUCGCUCUUGCUUCUCUUUGUACAGUACCUACCAGAAUGGCUGUGGGCUUGGGAAUUGAACAGAAGUUUAUCUGGUUUCACAAAAAAAGCUUGCCCUGGCAAACAAGAGUUACAAACGGCAUGAAGGAUACCUGUGAGAGGACUUGGGCCCCUUCUGGUCUUCUCUGAUGGCCGGUACAAAAGCCCCAGCUUCUUUUGAUGCAUUUUCUUGUUUCCUGCUAAGAGGGGAAAAAAUCUAGCUACCUAAAACUUAUCAACAGCUUUGGCACAACCUGCAAGGUUGGUAGGUGAUGACAAACUUGUUUAGACUGCUACUUUCUCUGCCUGUCUGCAGUGGACUGUGCUAAGGACUAGCCAUACUGACCUGGUAUCCCCUGAUCUGUGGGACUACAAGCCCCAGCUGACGAUGGGGACGUGGCAUGGUAGAUGCUGGGAGUCCAACGCAUCUGGGGGACACCAGGUGGGCAAGGCUGUACUGAGUGAUUCUGACUUUUGACUCGGGCAGUCAUGGGGAAUGUCACGAGGCUAAUCAUAUGAGAGAUGGCGUGUUUAAGGGACUGAAUGCAGAAGAAUAGAAAGCACAGAGAUGUUGCGCUAUGAAUCUACCCACACAGGGAAUGGAGAAAGAUUCUGGGUUUCGUCUUUCAGUGUUUGUCCAGCACACUGACUGGUGCAGUGGGAGCUGAAGCUGAGAAGUAUCAAAAGCCAUCUUCAGAAAUGGAAACCAAUACUUUAGUGCUGCAGAGGCUUCCAGUGUCUUUUCUGUACAGCUCUGCUUGUGUGUGUGCACUACUUGUGUUUUAGAGCCGUGAGAUUGCAGGUGAAAAUACUUGCCUGCAUCAAGAAAACAAACAUCCCGGCUGGUCUAUAAAUCCCAAAGAUCUAUGCUGCACAGAAUGUCUAAUUGUUUGUAUGAGGACUUCUGAAGUGUCUGGAUUAUGAUGAGUCCUGAAAUAUUUUGACUGCUGGGGAAAUGUAUCCGUGAUUUUUGAACAAUAUAUUGCUAGUGCUGGUAGGAUU